GAGAGAGGGAGAGCACGAAAGCAGCGCCAGGAGCAGCGGCAGCAGCAGGGCCGGUCACCCUCGCCCCCUCCCUGCUCCUGUGCACGCCAGUGCAAGCCAUGUCCUAUCCUCAGGGUUACCUCUACCAGCCCCCCGGCUCGCUGGCUCUGUACUCCUGCCCGGCGUACGGGGCGUCUGCGCUGGCGGCCCCCAGGAGCGAGGAGCUGGCCAGGUCUUCGUCGGGAUCGGCGUUCAGCCCUUACCCGGGAUCGGCAGCUUUCACCGCCCAGGCGGCGGCCACAGGCUUCACCAGCCCGCUCCAGUACUCCACAGACCCCGCCACGGGAUUCCCCUCCUAUAUGGGCUCCCCUUACGACGCCCAUACGACGGGGAUGACCGGAGCCAUCAGCUACCACCCGUACGGCAGCCCUGCCUACCCCUACCAGCUCAACGACCCCGCGUACAGGAAAAACGCCACCCGCGACGCCACGGCCACGCUGAAGGCCUGGCUGCAGGAGCACCGCAAGAACCCCUACCCCACCAAGGGCGAGAAGAUCAUGCUGGCCAUCAUCACCAAGAUGACCCUCACCCAGGUCUCCACCUGGUUCGCCAACGCCCGCCGGCGGCUCAAGAAGGAGAACAAGAUGACCUGGGCCCCGCGGAACAAGAGCGAGGACGAGGACGACGACGAAGGCGAUGGAGCGAGGAGUAAGGAGGAGAGUCCCGAGAAGAUGCCCGAGAGCAACGAAACCUCCGCGGAGGACGAAGGGAUCAGCUUGCAAGUCGACUCGCUGACGGACCACUCCUGCUCCGCCGAAUCGGACGGCGAGAAGCUGCCCUGCCGAGCGGGAGACCCCCUGUGCGAGUCGGGCUCGGAGUGCAAAGACAAGUACGAGGACAUCGAGGAGGAGGAAGAGGACGAGGACGACGACGAGGAGGAGGACAUCGAGGAGGAUGACGGCGGCGGCGGGGAGCGCGACCCGCCGGCCAAGCCCGCCACCUCCUCGCCGCUGGCGGCCGUGGAGGCCCCGCUCCUCGGCCACCCGCACGCCGACGCCGCCCGCAGCGCUAGCAAGGCAGCUCUGGGGCCCCGCGCUUCCCCCGGCCCCCCGACGCCGGCCAGCAAGCCCAAGCUCUGGUCUCUGGCCGAAAUCGCAACCUCGGACCUCAAGAGUCAGACCCUGGGCCAAGGCUGCCAGCCUGCGCCGCUCUCCUCGGCCACCCCCGCCUCCGCCCCGCACAGCGCUGCCUACUCGCCCUCCUCCCUCCUGGGGAGGCAUAUUUAUUACACCUCACCUUUUUAUAGCAACUAUACAAACUAUGGGAACUUUAACGCUCUGCAGAGCCAGGGAAUCCUGAGAUACAACUCCGCAGCAGUGGCUUCAAACGAGGGACUAAGUCAGACUGUCCUAAAUGCCAGCUCUGUCCACAAACAGAGCAGUGACUCUUUGAAAACGAUCACUAACCAGCUAGAACAACAUUACAGGCCCUCUAGCUAUGACUCUAAGAAAGAUCCCACUGAAGUCUGCACAGUAGGAGUACAACCAUACCUAUAG